AUGGCUUCAGGCGGCGGGGGUUAUGAGGACCAACCGCCACCAGACGACCCCGGGUUACCUCGUGGAUUUUUCGUGUACGGAGAGGACAUCACCGCUGCAUUCUACACACUUCUCGACAUCACAAGGACUAUCAUUCACCUAACAGACAGGUUUUGGGAGAUGCUGCUUUGUACCUGGCGUUUCGUUUCUCGUUGUAUGGAAGUAGUUUUUUUCCUGACUCUACCGAGUUCCUCCCAGUACUGUACUCGGUUACGUGACGGGACGAUCUUCUAUGUAAUUCCUCCCACUGGACCAGUUUUCCCUAUCCGGCUAACAGAACUAUCUGUCGAGCGCAUCUAUGAACAAAUAGCCUAUAGCACAGGGAUUCCGACGACAGCGUUCAAGCUCUUCAAGAACAGCAAAGAGGUUCGGCAUUUCUGCCAGAUUGCAAACGGUGGGUCAGUUGAGAUUACUAUCCCGCUGCUGGGAGGAACACGGAAAAGAAAAAGGACCGAUGACGUGACACCGUCGACCCGGCAUAAUGAUGUCCCUUCCAAAUCUGUAACGGAUGAUUCACUGCUUCAUGCCGAGGAGGAAACAUGUGGCUGCGGGGGCGCUUGCAACUGCCUCGCUUUCACGUCAAGCAAGAAGGCGAACUGUGAUCUACCAACGGGCCACGUCAAAGAUGCUGUCCGCUCCAACCGUUCCAUUCCGUACAACGUGUCAACAUGGUUGAGGUCCUGCGGGAAUCAGAAGCAUGCACAAAACCAUGAUGGACAAGUCUCCCACACUUCAUCUGAACACUUCAAAUCGUUCCCACUACGGCCACUGUCCCGUUCGCCUGUAAUCACUGGAUUGUCCCCUCUGAGGUCAUCGCCCCGUUCGCCUGAAGCAGCUGAAUCGUCCCCACUUCGGCCGUUGCUCCGUUCGCCAGAAGCAGCUGAAUCGUCCCCACUUCGGCCGUUGCUCCGUUCGCCAGAAGCAGCUGAAUCGUCCCCACUUCGGCCGUUGCUCCCCGUUGCCCCGUUCGCCUGA